AUGGAAUAUAUUGUACAUAUAUGUGUAUAGGAUAAUUAAACGAAUACAAUAAUCAAAUAACCAAUCACAUAAUCAUUUUAAUGAAAAUAAUAAUAAUAAUAAAUGAACAAUGAUGAUACACAACAUUAUUUCUCGUUCAUUUUUAUUUGUUCAUAUCAUUGUGUAUAUUAAAUUGUCGAAAUGAAUUAAAAUGAAAAACUGAAUUGUCCAUUCAAAGUUUCUUCUCUUUCUCAUCUUCUUUUUUUGCUUCUUCUUCUUCUUCUUCUUGUUUUAAUUCAAUUUUCGCCCACGUUUUCAUAUAGGAAUUGAAUAAAUAAGACUAUAUAUAUAUAUAUAGGUAGAUAGAUAGAUUUAAUUGACAUCUUGUAUAUUACAUUAUAAAAUUAAUUUACGCUAAUAUUCACUUUCUAUAUUGGAUAGUCAUUAGCUAUGUGUAUUUGUUAAUCUAUUCAACUUGAAAAUGAACUGAUCAAUUAAAGAUCUUUUAUUUUACUGUUUACAUAAAAGUUUCAAACAAUAAAUUCAAUACCAGAAUGCUCAAAACACACAAAGUGGUUCACGAAGAAUAUUAAUAUACGUCAGGUAUGAAAUAUAUAAAUUUCAUUAGGAAUAAAGGAAUAGUAACAGUUUCAACAAACUAAUAGAUCAACUAAAAUAAAUGUAUAUUUUUCAUACUGUACAUAUGUUGACACAUUUCUGUUGGAAAUUCUGUAUCUGUUUAGUAUUCUAUCUAUUUAUAUUCAAAUACGGUAAUUGUAACGAUUGUGUACUCCAUAUAAACGAUUUAAAUAACUGUGCGAAAUUGGCUGGAGUUAAGAGAAUUCCAGAAAAAUAUGAAGGGUUUGGAUUUGGUUUUGGUUCAAUCGGUGAUGUGGAACAAAUGUGUCGAACAAAAUGGCAUAUCAAAGUGUAUUCAUGUGCUCAGUUAACUAUUCUAAAUCGUUGCUCACCCGAAUCGACUUCUCAUUUUAGAAAUGUAAUGUGGCAAUUUAUUUUUGAUACAACACCUUAUGAAAAAGCAGCAAACUAUUUAUGUCAACAUUAUAAUCUACGUAUUUUCCGAUACCAUCGCGAUAAAUGUCUUUCCGUAUAUGAGUCUCAAGUUGAAAACUGUUCCAGACAAUAUUCAAACCUUUUGUCUCAAACAUAUUUGCAGUUAGCUAAUAGUAAUCCAGUGAACUCACGCAAUGCCGAUGAAUAUGCCAAUUACAUGAAAUCAGUGUUACGUUCAACAUAUUGUACUGGAACUAUCACAAAAGUUAAUUGUAUCAAGAAAAUACUUGAAUAUCAUUGUUCUAGUGAUAUAAUUGAAUUAAUUCAAAAUUAUUUCAGAGAAACUUUACCAUAUGGAUGUGAACAAACAAUUAAUAUUUCUAAACAUUUAAUAUCAAAUAUGAUCAAUAAAUCAAAUCAAACUGAUUACAUUAUAAAUGAUUAUCAGAAUAUUUACAUAGAUACUAAUUUAAAUCCAAUCAAAUUGAAUGAAAUCAAUAAAAGUUCACAAAAUUCUUUAUAUCAUCAACAAAAAGAUAUAAAAAAUACAAAACGUAGUAACUAUGCAAAUAUCAAUUCAAAUUCAAUUUUAUUAAAAACAACUACAAAAAAGAUAAACAAUCAUUGUAAUAAAUUGUAUAUUAAUAUUAUCAUCAUAUAUAUUUCAUUAUUAUUUACAGUUUUAAAGUAUGAAUUUUGAUGUUUGAAAGUAAAAACAAAAAAAAACUACAAGUUCAGCAGAUUGACAGUGGGUAAUUUAAAUUAAAAUGUUAAUUAAAACACGAAGUUCAGCGAAGGUAUCUCUUUUCAACGAAUUUAUUAUCAAGCUGUACAAUCGUAUAUAUAUAUAUAUAUAUAUAUGAGAAAAAGUACAAAUUCCGCGAGGAAAUGUGAACACACGUAGCCAGCGCUCGCUUUCAACUUGGUUACGGGAACAUAUCUCAGUUUGGUUUUAUAAGGAAGAAAGGAAAGCAGUUAGGAGUUCUAUACUUGAACACCUAAUCGACUGUAACCAUUCUACAGAUCUACAAUUUGAUUUUAAGUUUGUUUCUAUGAUUCGUUCAAAUUUCUCCAGAUUUCUUCGUAACCAACUCUUAAAAAUAGCCGAAGCUCUUACCAUCCAGGUGUUUAAACCAGGAUUAUGUGUACAAAAGAAGUACGGCUUAUCGUUAUCGUUACCUUGGCCUUAAUUAUUUUGAUUAUCCUAUUAUUAUUAUUAUUAUUAUUAUUACUGCAUUCCCCCUUUACUUAUGUCUUAUAUUCUCAUUAUUUUAUUCGUUUAUUUCUACACCUCUAUGACCUUUAAUUAUUAUAACAAAAGCAUUUUAAUAAUUUUAAUCUUCAUAUUAUAUUCACUAAAUCUAUUGUUAUCAUUCAUAUUACGUAAUCUAGUAUUAUAAUCUUUCCAUUACAUCAUCUUGGUUAAUUGUGUUCACAUUUCCUCACGGAAUUAGUACUUUUUCAUGUAUAUACGAUUGUACAGCUUGAUAAGAAAAAUUCGUUGAAAAGAGAUCCCUUCACUGAACUUCGUGUUUUAAUUUUAAUGUUUGAAAUGGGAAUUAUCUGUAAAAUGUUAAUAUUAUUUUUUCUUUUAAAAACUAUUAUUAAAUCUCUUACUCACUUAUCAAUAAGGUGAAGAAGUCAUCUAAUUAACAGGAUCCAAUGAUGAAGAUUACUUUCAUUGAAAGUCAAAAAUGAUAAACUGUUCAAAAGAUAACUUUAAUUAUUAUGAAUCAUUUAUUAACAUUUAGAUUUUUAUUUGUCGAGAUCAUGUUUUCUUUUUCUUGUUUGCAAAAAAAAGAGAAUCAAUAGUAUACAAUAGAUCAUUUUAUUCAGUCACUUAAACACAAUUAUGGUAAUAUGUUCAAUACUCAACAAAUAACUGUUUAUGUAACCAUGUAUACAAAUGAUUUUACUAUUUUGAAUAAAUAACAUUUUUUGCAGUUAUAUCUGAUGAUCAUUUAUUCAUUUCUUAUGUUCUGAUGAUUAAUAAAAGCGUACAUUACUAAAACGACCAAAAUGUCAAGAUUAAACUGUCAGAACCAGUAAGUUUUAAAUGGGAAUCCAAGUCUUGAAGGAUAAGGUAUGAGUUGUUUAUUGUGAAUAAUCAUAUUACUUAAAAUGUAUAAUUUCAAU